AUGUCGAUAAAUUUCAGUGAAUCUCGAGUGGGCAAGAUGGAGGAGACGGUUGGCGAAUCGAAGCGCGGGAUUCCGUUGAUGAAAGCUGUGGAAGAUGUGGCUCAAUGGCUCAAAUCAGAAGGCGAGAUUUCGGGUGAAGAUGGCCGUGGACGACUUGAUGAACAAUACAGAAAAUACAAGAUGAUUGAAGCCGGUAUGGCUCAACAACGACUGCGAUUGAUGGAGAAAAUCCCCGAGUUCCAGAACAGUCUCCGAUUGAUCGACACACUCAUUGAGAAGAAAGAAAAAGGCGAGUCAUUUGAAACGAGCCCGAUGAUUUCUGAAGAAGUCUGGACGAAAGCCACAGUGAAGGAGCCAAAAACGGUAUCAAUCUGGAUUGGCGCCAACAUUAUGGUCGAAUACGAGCUCGACAAGGCCAAACAGCUCAUAAUCAAGAAUCAUAAAAAGCUUAAUGAGCAAUUGGCGGAACUGAAUCAUGAGCUUGCUUUUGUCAAGGAUCAAAUCACAACAACUGAGGUGAACAUCGCUCAUGUGCACAAUCACGUUGUGAAGCAACGACGUCUUGCCUCGAUGAGAAUGGCGGCUGCAAAU